UCUGGCGUGGCGGUGGGGACAGGUGCUGUAUAUAGGUCCUAUCAGUCACCACUGGAUUACAUACAAACUAAAUAUGUCAGGCGAUAUUCAACCCAGAAAGCGCAAGGGGAAGGGGAAGAAGAAAGCUCACUUGGAGGCGCUGCAGCGGGAAGAAUAUGAGCAGGAGCGUCUAGCCCUCAAAACCAUGGCCUAUGAAGUCGAUGAUGAUGUUGCAGAAACUAAGGGCAAGGCGAUGGCUAAUAAUACCGGCAAGGGCCAUUCCACUACCAAUGGUGACAGUAGUGGGGUUGUGGCCAAGAUAAUAUUCCUGAUUCUUCUCGUCUCAUUGUCGGUGGUCGUCGCUCUAAUAUUGGUUGAACUUCGAGGCAAGCAGGCGGGUAUGGAGGAAACGGUGUCAGUAGUACACGAAGCAGAAGAUGAGGUGAAAGAGGAGGAAUUUGCCGCACCAGAAAUACCCACACCGAGCAUACACAUGGAUGAGGAAGUAAUUCCAGAGGCACCACCUUUAUCACACCAAGACGUAGAAGAAGAAUAUGAACCUAUUGAGGCAACACCUCCUCUUGAGGAAUAUGUUCAAGUAGUUCAAGAAACCAAAGAGGAAAUUCCACCUGUAGAAGAGAAAGAGGUUGAAGAGGAAUUAGUGCCAGAAGUGGCUGAACCUGAAGAUACUUUUGUAGAAGUUGAUGAUGGUGCUACUAUUGAGGAGGAGACAGCACCUGCUGAAGAAAUUCUUGAAGCUCCUGAGGUCCCACAAGAAUCAUCUCCAGUUGUGGAAGUUGUUGAGGUUGUACAGGUGAUAGAGGAAGUGACCCCCAUUGAAGAGGCUGUUGAAAUUGUGGAGGUGGUAGAGGAAGUGACUCCAGUUGAAGAAGUUGUUGAAAUUGUAAAUAUAGUGGAGGAAGUUGAAGAAGAUGCUCCCACUGAAGAUGCUGCACCAGUUGAGGAAACUGCUCCAGUUGAGGAAGCUGCUCCAGUAGAGGAAGAAGCUGCACCAGUUGAGGAAGCUGUUGCAGUUGAGGAAGCUGCUCCAGUUGAGGAAACUGCUCCAGUUGAGGAAGCUGUUGCAGUUGAGGAAGCUGCUCCAGUUGAGGAAACUGCUCAAGUUGAAGAAGCUACACCAGCAGAGGAAUUAGUUGCAUCCACUGAGGAAUCUGCACCUGUAGAGGUAACUGAAGACGUGACCGUGACUGAAAAGGAAGUUGAAGAAGUGGUAAUUGCAGCUUCACCUGUUGUGGACGAUGUGGAGGAAGUUGUUGCUGCAGAAGAAGUUAAGGAAGAGGAGGCAGUAGUGGAAGAGCCAAUUGCUGCUGAAGUUGUUGAAACUUUAGAAGCUCCUGUCGAGGUACAAGAGGAAGCUGCUCCUGCUGUUGAUGAACCUAUUGAGGUAACUGAAGCUGAAGAUGAUACUGAUGAAUCAGAUGAAGAACAGGACCUAAAAGAUGAUGAUGAUGAUGAUGAUGAUGAUGAAGAUGAAGAUGAAGAUGAAGUUGCUGGGGGGAAAUUAGGUGAAGAAGAGGUUGAUGAAGAGGAAGAAGAUUGGUCACAAUAUGGAAAAGAGGGUGGAGCUGGACUCUUGACUGACGCUUACCUGCGAGUUGAAGCACUGGCUGAGGAAGUGUUGGCCAAGGAGCCAAAUAAUGAAAUGGUAGCACAGUUGGCUCCACACCUAUCUGGAGUUCUACGUGCCAUGGAAGCUGGUCAAACUGAAGGACUACUUGACACUCUUAAUCAUAUUCAAGUUAUCUUAGAGGAUAUCAAGAAACGUAUGGAAGAAGGUGAGCACAUCUCCUACCCUGGACCUCCUCAAUCAAAAGAUGAAGAGAUACCUGCACCAGAAGCUGAGCAGGAGCCUGAGGUUGUGAUAGCUGAUAGUGAUUUAAAGGAGGGUUCUCAGACACUGGCUGCUGACACACCUGUGGCUGAGUCUUUAGCUACUGAAGAGCUAGAGCCUGAGCCACAAGUUGUUGGUGAGCCAGAGCCUGAACCAGAUGCUAUUGGUAAGUCUGAGCCUGAGGCACUAGUUGCUGAGUCAGAGCCACAAUCUACUAGUGAGCCUCAGUUAGAAGGUAGUCCUGAUCAUGAUUCUGUAGAAGCUAAUACUGUAGUAGAACAGUUGGAGGAAGAAGAAGUUGUACAAGACCUUGACUCUCCAGUAGCUCCUGCAGAAUCUGGGGGUGUUCCAGAGGAUGUGCUCUCAGAUAUUGAAGCGCAGAUUAUUCCUGAUGAUGCACCCGAGGAAGAGCGCACUUAUGUUUUCCCCCCUGCUGAAGAAGUUGAAGCUGUCUUCCCCCCUGCUCCAGCAGAAGGGGAGGAGCUAAUUCCUGUAGAUGAAGUAAUUCCUGAUCCCAUUCACAUUGAACCUCUACAGGAAUCUAGUGAACCAUUGAAGGAAGUUUUAGAAGAUACGCAACCACCUGUGUAUGAGAAGGCGGACAUUACAAGUGAAAUUGACAGUAAUCUUCGUGAGGAGCUUGAUGCUGCCGAAAAAUUAAUAACUCAGGCACUGACUGGGGAUCUACUAGCAAAGGUAUCUCAUGGGUCACUUUCUUCCUCCCAUCGACUAUAAAAUGAGAUUUAAUGAUGUAGUCCUCCAUUUUUCUUGCCAUGAAUCCAUAACAACUUGUUCCACAUGCAGUAUACAAUAUUAAUUGCAUCAUUCAUUUUGUCAUUAUCAUCUUUAUUAACCCUUGGAGUAUGGUUGUUACAUAAUAUAUGGUCUCAUAUCCUAACCAUGCACUGUGGUUGGUACAUAGAAGGAUUCCUACUUUCAAAAUGUUUAAACAAGGUAUUAGAAUGUAAAUAUUAGUGUUAAUGUUGUCUAGUGGCAGCCACCAUGUGUUGCAAUAAAUUAGAUCAGUCAUUUAUCCCUUCUCUUGGUUUACCAGCCCACAAUAUAGAGUGGGAGGUACUGUAUGAAGUACUACUGGCAUAUUUGGUUGUACAAAAUAAAUAUCAUUAUAGAUUGAUAUGUGCUAACACCAUUACUGUACUGAUAUAAACUAUUUUAUUGGUUAAAUAGAAGCAAGAAAAGCUCAAUGGCCAAUUUAAAAACAAAAACAAUAUUGUACAGGUUGCCCUCACUUUUACCUGGGUUAGUGUUCAUGGAAAAGACCAGUAUAAGUGAUAUCAAAAUAAAUAAACACAGCUUUCCACAGUACUGUAGUAUUGUAAAACGGAGAUUGCGUUCUCAACUUCUCCAGACUCCCCAUUUUGAUGUUUUUUGCGUGUGUACUCUUUAUUUGUGGUUAGGAUAUAAGUGCUUAUUAACCAGCAAUUGUGAUAAUCUGCCACACAAGAGCUGGGUUAUGUACUCGCCACAGUCAAAGGGUUAUCAUUGCUAGAGUAAUAGUGUGUAUGUGUAUUUCUUUACUAAUAAGACUAGAACAUUGUACAAAGCCUCCUGCAUGAAGGAAACAGUCUGAGGUUGUUCAGAGUACAGUACUCCAUUGAAUUUCUUUUAUUCCUUAGUCAUAGUAUUUUGAAGGGAGAACAAAGAUACCCUGCUAUAGUAAUUUUUGUAAUUGUAUCUACAGUACAUCAUUGCUCAAAUAUUUCUAAAAUGGUACUUUUUAUCU